CGAUUGUCAACGGCCCAAAAUUUCUUUCUAGCGGACUCGGUUUCUGGGACAGCGAGCGGACAAGUUCAUUUUCAUGUUCAGGAUCUUCAAGGCUUGAACCAACCCUUCACCAAUUUUUUUUCCCUCUUAACUUUCGCAAGUCGCAACCAUCUUCGCUUCUUGCUUUACUCUCUACCUCUCAGAAGCACUUUGCAAGAUCUGUUCUGCAACGACAACUCACUGAAAUCUUACCUCCCUCUUCAAUCACAUCACAAUGUCGGGAGGCAUUCAGCCCGUGGCGGUCUACGCCAUGAAAGUCCCUCCGGGUGACAUUAUGGUCCCGGCUGUCCCUGAGUUCGCCGCUAUGUUCCGCGUCACCAUGGCCGCAAUUGACCCCAGCGCCGAACCCGAGUACGAAGAUGCCGAUGACAAGCGCCCGGCACGAGCUACGCUCAAAGUCGUUCGAGUUCCUGACCACAUGUUCGACGAUGAAGACUCCGAGGACGACGAGGACUACCUUGACGGCCUUGAAGAUGACGAGUCGUCGGAUGAAGACGAAGUCAAUGGCGGACCAAGCGAGCGCAAAUCCAAGAAACAGGCACUCCUUGAGGCUCUUGCCGCAGACGAGAACGACGAUGAGGACAUGGAAGACGAUGAUGACGAGGACGAAGAUGACGAUGAGGCUGACGCGAAGGCCAUUGCUCAACUCAAGAAGCUCAUGAAAGACGCAAAGGGCAAAGGCAAGGCCAUCGACGGCGAAGAAGACGAUGAUGAGGAUGACGAGGAAGAUUCUGACGAUGAGGCCGUCGAGAUGGACGAGGUCGUUGUCUGCACGCUUGAUCCGGAAAAGAACUACCAACAAACCCUUGACUUCACCGUCGGCGAAGGCGAAAAGGUCUUCUUCAAGGUCUCGGGCACCCACACCGUCCAUCUGACCGGCAACUACGUGAUCCCUCAAGACGACGGCCAGGCUUCCCUGUACGACGAAGAUGACGAGGAAGACGACUACGAUCUCUCUCCCGACGAGGACGAGCUCGACGCCUUCGGCGAGUCCGACGAAGAGUCCGACGAUCUCGACGACCUGGAAGACCCUCGCGUGACAGAAAUUGAUUCCGCCGACGAAGAGGCUUUGGCCAAGGAAUCGGCCAAAGGCAAGAACAAGCGCCCAGCCGAAGAGAGCGACGAGGACGAAGAGGCCAACCUCGACGACAUCAUGGCCAAAUCGUUGAAGGAGGACGAAGCCAAUGGCGAAGAGAAGAAACUAAGCAAGGCCGAGAAGAAACGCCAGAAGAAACUCAAGAAGAACGACGGUGAAGCCGCCGCCGCUCCUGCUGCCGAGGGCAACAAGAAAGAAGCCGCCAACGGGUCCGAGAAAAAGGUCCAAUUCGCCAAGAACCUCGAACAAGGCCCUACCCCGUCAGGAACCUCGCCUGCCGCCAAGGGCGCUGCCGACAACAAAUCCGUGGGCGUCAAGGAAGUCAACGGCGUGACCAUUGACGUGCGCAAGGUCGGUUCUGGUCCGGCCGCAAAGAAGGGCAACCGUCUGGAAAUGCGAUACAUCGGCAAGCUCGACAACGGCAAGGUCUUUGACAGCAACAAGUCCGGCAAGCCGUUCAGCUUCAAGCUCGGCGCCGGCGAGGUCAUCAAGGGCUGGGACAUUGGUCUCGAGGGCAUCCAGGUCGGCGGCGAGCGACGUCUCGUCAUCCCGCCACACUUGGCCUAUGGCAACAAGGCUCUUCCGGGCAUCCCCAAGAACAGCAAGCUCACUUUUGACAUUAAGUGCUUGAGCAUCAAAUGAGCGUAACCACACCGCUGGAGGCUUGAGCUCCGAAGUGGUUGGGUUGUAAUUCGACUCAUUGCAUUUGUCGGGCCUACGCGUCUAUGCGUCUCUUUCUUUACCUCUUUGCAACCUGUUUUGAGUCCAAAGGCGUUCUCUGAGACGGUGUUAGUUAUCACAAUCGGAAAAGUUCUUCUAUCUCGAGUCCGUGGGUGCAGCCCAGCCUUGGUCAAGCUGCUUCCCUCACCGUUCCUGGGUAAUGCAUUUCACUGCGUUGCCUAAUAUUUCCCAAGUUGUACAGUACAUACCCCUUAGGAUAGCUAGUUGUCAGAGAGUGAAUGCAGGCGGAGAGAUGGUGGAUGGGCACUUCUCUUAGAUAGAUAGGUCAUUCAACCUCUUUUCCCUGAGAUUCAAAGACCAAGGCUUUGUGCACGUUAGAUACCUCAUACCGAUCUGGACAACUUCAGGCAAGGGAGCAUCGCAAUGUUCGUUUCCUGCAUACUAGUAUAUAGACUACCAGUACUUAGUCUUCGUGUUGUCAACUCGACUCUGGGGACCGUUGGUCUCAAGCAGGAGUUCCUGGAUCCCGCAGAACGCCCAAUUUUCGAAAACAUAGACGACGGAUGCAAUGUGAAGAUCUGUUGAGAGUGGUCAUGGAAAAGGGAUCUGCUCAACCCAUGCCGGGCGGUACUUAUCGUUGCCAUCUUCGGCACUGGUAGACCUGGGGUUUGAGCAGGCCAUCCCUCCCAAUUUAAGAAAAUGCUGUUCCUCACGUCUUUUCAGAAGCUCUGCGUAUGCAUAAUAAAGCACUCCCG